CGUUUCUGUUUGCUCUGGCAUCUUAUUACAACCACUUAACUUAUUUUAACUGGCACACUCUCUUUGUAAAGUUGAUUCAUUAACGUGGAGUUUGUUAUUAUCAACAGCAAAGACGAGCGCUGUUUUUUUAUGGGAACUGACGAACUGUCAUAGAAAUCUUGUCAUAGAAUCUUGUCAUAGACAAGAACAUAUCCGAGUUGUUGGUUAGGCUACUAACCGCAGCACAAUUUUGUAAGUAGCCAAAUCUGGUGUUUGUAACUUUAUAUCAAGCGUGGGCAUGAUCGAUAUUGCGACGCACUCUUGACACAAAGUUUUAUAGACUAAUUAUGCAUUUCCCAGAUUAGUGUGUUACUGGUAACCAAUAGGUGAGUGUAAUUGCGUUAAUUUACACGCUAAAAGAAGAACAAGGAAGAAGAGAUGACAUGAUCAAAGGGAGUAGUAGCCUAUAUGUUUCAUUUGUCCCGGAAACUCCCUGCCAGAAUGACUGAAAAAAAGUGUUCCCGUGAUAAUGAGCAAGAUUCUAUAGACGACAGCUUGGAUGAAACUUGUAUUUUCUGUAGGAUCGCAAACGGCGACGAUCCAUACACCGAGAUACUGGCGAAAGAUGAGGAAAUAGUUUGUUUCAAGGACAUUAAUCCAGGUGCACCUCAUCACUACCUGGUCAUACCAAAGCAACAUAUCCAUAGCUGUUUGUCACUCCAAGAAAAUGAUAUAGGUCUUGUCACGAGGAUGGCAGAAAUGGGAAGAGAUGUGCUGAAAGCCAGGGAUGUUACAGAUUUGGAAGAUAUCAGUCUAGGUUUCCAUGUGCCUCCAUACAUCACCGUCCCCCACCUGCACUUGCAUGUUCUUGCACCUUUCAGUCAAAAAUUUGAAUGGUCAAUGGUAAAGUUUACAAGCUUCUGGUACCUCACUGAGGAGAAGAUGCUUCACAAACUGACGAAGAUUAAAAAGUCGGAUGAUCGGAAAAUAACAUGUAAUAAAUGCAUGGAGCCAUGUGAAGCUAUGUGAGCUUUAUGACUGAAGAAACUUGAAAUCUUGAAAUCACAAGCCACUUUAGUGAAGAUUGUCUAUUUUGUUGUUUGGUUUCAACCUCAAAAGCCAGCAUAAACCAGCCAGCAUGUCACUUUUUUUAUUUAUAUGUUUCUUUAACACUUAUUUUAUAAGUAUUUUACAACAAAGUAUUUUUAAAAACUGAAAUGUAUGCACUAGAACAGUCAAUUACUAUUUAUAAAUCAUCAUAUAAGUGUAAUCUAAUCAAUAAUAAUUAUUAAAUGGAUGAAAAUGUUAAUUUUGUGUUGUUGAUUGUUACAUAUUCUAUUGUGAAAGAUUUAUACUGUGAGCCAUAAAUUAUAACUCGUUAAUGGA